UAAAGACUUAGGUUGCCUGACUUGGUCGAGGGAAGAGCUAAAGGAACGGACAAGAAGGGGCGGGGCAUCCGUAGAGCUACUGAGCGCCCCGGAAGUGCAAUUCUCGCGGGUUCCUCAGAGUCAGGUCUAUCUGAAGCCGGCUGACGGCAGCUAGGAACACCGGAGGUCUGAGGCCAAGCGUCCAAACCCGCGCUACCGUCGUGACCACCUGCAAGUCUCAUUUCUUUGCUUUUGUCGACUCGUUCUUGAAGUGAGUCGUGGAGAAGCUGCUUUCAACGUCAACCUGGAAAACAGAACUUGCUUGUGUAACGCCGAGCGGGUUAAGGCAACACUUUCUCAUAUAAGGCUGCUUCUCCUGAGAGCAGUCCUGGCUUCCAAGAGUGACAUCCACAUAACUGUGGAAGAAGUUAAGCUGACAGCCUCUGCACCCUAACAACCCUGGACAGAAUCUAGCAUGUCUCAGGCCACCAAGAGAAAGCAUGUGGUGCAGGAGGUGCUGGGAGAGCACAUGGUGCCCUCGGACCAACAACAGAUAGUGAAGGUCCUCAGGACUCCCGGGAACAAUCUGCAUGAGGUAGAGACAGCACAAGGGCAGCGCUUCCUGGUGAGCAUGCCCUCCAAAUACCGCAAGAACAUCUGGAUCAAAAGAGGGGACUUCCUCAUUGUUGAUCCUAUUGAAGAGGGAGAAAAGGUGAAGGCUGAGAUUUCUUUUGUGCUCUGCAAGAACCAUGUCCGUUCUCUGCAGAAGGAAGGACACUGGCCUGAGGCCUUCUCUGAGGUAGCUGAGAAACAAAACAAUAUGAACAGACAGAGUCAGCCAGAACUCCCCGCUGAACCACAGCUGUCAGGAGACGAGUCAGGUUCUGAAGAUGAUUCUGACCUCUUUGUCAAUACCAAUCACAGACAAUAUCAUGAGAGUGAGGAGGAGAGUGAAGAGGAGGAGGAGGAGGCGGCCUGAGCCUGACCAACCCACUUCUCUACUUGCUCAGGGACUACCCCUUGGCUUUUCUAGGCUUGGACAUUCCGAGGGUGCCCUGCAGAUCUUUCCUUUUGAAUGGGGACAAGGCAUGGCCCCUUUCUGAACUGACCUAGAAGAAUUAAACCCCUGGUGGGUUAAUGACUUA